AUGAGUGUGGAUGUCGACCCAGACGGUAUCCUGGAGAGAUUGGCAGGAAAUAACUUCUUGGUUCACACAGAGGACAACGAGGUGAGCUAUUUCAGGGGCGUAAUUGAGGGAGGCAAGAAGAAAUAUGUAAAAGCGAAGCCGCAUAUGUUCAAGAUAGGCGACGUAGUGGAAGCGCAAUACUCUGUCAUAUUCACGAAGUGCCAAGGAGGCAGCAACGCUGCGAAGAACAAGGAUACUGCAAGCGACAAGGACCCACAACACAUGCCGAAGAUGAAGUGGCAAACCAGGUUUGAGUACAAAGAGGAAGAGGGAGAGACAGAAAGCAAGUGCGGGAGAGAUGGUAAGGACUCGGAAAGGGGCACGGUGAAUUCUGCGUUUGCGUUUACAUGCACUCGGAGGAAAGAGAAGCAGUUCAAGGCGUCUCAGCUAAAUAUUGCGAGUUGCGUCGAUUCGAGAGGUGCACGCAAGUUUUCCGGUUUACCAAAAGUCCAAAAAAAGCCGGGGUUCACAACUAUUUCAACGCGAAAUGAUAUUGAGAUCAACUGUCAGCAGGUCACGCACUUGAACGCAUCGAAGGAACGCAAACGCAUCCAAGUUAAACGCAUUCAAACGCAGUUGAACGCACGCACGCAAGGGUCUAACGCAGAAUUCUCCUCACCCGAGAUAAAGUUAACCAGAGAGGAUGUCGUUAUACUACGCGGGUGGGGUAGGGCAAUAUCAGCCUCUCGCAAACAGGAAUCAAUGUCAAUCAGCGAAGCCGUGGGAGAUCUCCCCAAUUUGAGGUAUAGGCUUAGAUUUGUGCAAAUGUUUGCAAGCCUUGGACUGAUGCCGGAGACAGGAUGCUCAGAGUAG